UAGGCCCGUCUGCCAGUGGCAUUCCCGUCCGGAUGAUUGGCAGGCGUUCCGGUCUUCUCCGGGCGGUGGUGCCAUCGGUCCACGCGGUGACGUCGGAACCCGGCGCCGUCGCCAUUGGCCGCGCGCGUCGCGGGGCGUGUUGCCUGGCGAUGUGGCGCGCGACGCGCAGGUUGGCGGCGGCAACGGCGGCGGCGACGCCGUCGUCUUCCCUGGCGGGCGGGGGAAGGGCAGCGCCGCUCCAUUUAUCAUCGCGGGCGGGCGGCUGUUUCUGUCAGUCGAGCCGCCGCGCACCGAAGUGGAUCUCGCCUGCCUCCCUCGCGGGCCCGAAGGUGAACGGGGCGCGUAUUUUUUUUAGGGAGAUCAACAACACAAUCAUGCCUGAGAUAAAUACAGAUGAAUUGGAUGAGCAGCAAGUGCAAUUGCUAGAAGAGAUGUGCAUCCUAAUAGAUGAAAAUGACAACAAGAUCGGUUCAGACACAAAGAAAAACUGCCACCUGAAUGAAAACAUCGACAAAGGAUUAUUGCAUCGUGCUUUCAGCGUCUUCUUGUUCAACACGGAGAAAAAGCUACUGUUGCAACAGAGAUCAGAUGCCAAAAUCACUUUUCCAGACUGUUUUACCAAUACCUGUUGCAGUCAUCCACUAAGCACCCCCCUUGAACUGGAAGAAAAUAAUGCCCUUGGCAUUAGAAGAGCAGCGCAGAGAAGACUGAAAGCCGAGUUAGGAAUUCCACUGGAUCAGGUCACUCCAGAAGAAAUCUUCUACCUAACCCGAAUUCACUACAAAGCCCAAUCCAAUGGAACAUGGGGAGAACAUGAAAUAGAUUACAUCCUUUUUGUGCAGAAGAAUGUAACGCUGGAUCCAGAUCCCAAUGAAAUUAAAAGCUACUGUUACAUGACGCAAGAAGAAUUGAGAGAACUGCUGGAAAAGGCUUCUCGAAAUGAAAUUAAGAUUACUCCGUGGUUCAGACUAAUUGCAGAGACUUUUCUCUUUAAAUGGUGGGAUAAUUUGAAUAAUUUGAAGAGAUAUGUUGAUCAUGAUAAGAUACACAGAAUGUAACAAAUUAGGCUGUUCUAAAAUAUCAUACCUUACAUUUUUCAUACUGAAAUUGUUUGUUGAAGAAAUGUAUUUGUAGAUUGAUUGCAAAAUAGGAAUAGGCCCCUUUAAGUGGAAAUUAGAUAUUUAUCUCAUAUUGCAAAGCUGGCUUGCUCCUGGAAUAAUAUUUCUUUUCCUUUCAUUUCAUGUGUAUUAAUAAGUCAUUAACAAGUUUGCACUCCAUGAAAAACCACUGUUAAGUCUGAAUAGUCACCAAGCCACAAUGCUAUGGGAGUAAUUAGGACUGGAUUACAAUCUCUCCCACAAUGAUCUGUUUGCACAAUUUGGAAUGCAUCAGCUAACCAGUCUUAUUAAGUGUAGGUAAAAUGAAGAGGUGAACCUGAACAAGUUGACUCUAAAGCUCUUUCAUAUUUUAUACCACUUAUUGAAGCAUGCAGCGCAGCAGCUUUUCUAUACUGUUCCCCUUCGAGCUACCUAUCUUGAGUAAUUAGCACUUUCAUAUUUAUACUUCACACUGUUCUGUGUUUGACUUCUUUUGAAGAACCUAUUCCCUUGUAAGCUAUUCUAGCACAUAAGAUAUUUUCCCUAUUAGAAAAGAUGCCUGAUAUUUCAGACUAGAAAUUAAAAUUUCUGUACCUGUAGAUUCUAAAUACGUCUUUCCUAUAAGAAUUAAGCUAUGAUCUAAAAGAAAGAAAAUCUUAAAUGUAAAUAAUUUUUUCACAGAACCUUGAAAAACACCUGAGCUAUUAACAGAACCAAGAAGGGAAAGAUUGUUAGGCAUAUCCUAUGGUCUAGGGCAGGUCUCCAACCGUGGCAACUUUAAAGCUUGUGGACUUCAACUCCCAGAAUUCCUCAGCCAGUUUUGCUGGUUGAGGAAUUCUGGGAGUUGAAGUCCACAAGCCUUUAAAGUUGCCAUGGUUAGAGACUCCUGGUCUAGGGGGAAAUGGUGUUGGUGUAUUCUUGGUAAAUACAAUUAUGAACCAUGAAAAUUAAAGUUUAAAAAUUGAAUCUGAUUGGUGUUGAAAUUUCCUAUUAAUUAGUUCAUGUAGAGUCAAAAAUAAAUGCUUUUGUGUUCUUUAUAAUGGCUUGUUAAAUGUAAUUGUGGGCUGGACGAUUGGGUAAUUUUACUAUUUGUACUAUCUGGAAGACAAAACUGGCUGAUAGUCCAAACAUUUUAAACGCUUGAGUAGCACUUCCAGAUCCUCCAAGGAAGAGAGAAACAACUACACAUUGGACAUAUUUCAAAUGGCUUGUCAUGGCAUCAGUAAUCUAUUUUGGGAGCUCUAGGUGAAUUGCUUUUAAGGUGCCAGUUUUGUAAUUUGAAAAGGAUUACCCAAAGAUGACUAAUAAAUCACUUUUACUUUUUGAAA